GUGUAGAAGACUGUUUCCGGGAGGUUUUGUUCUGAUUGGUCGCUGUCAGGCUCUAUUUCCGGAAGGACGUUUCCGGAGGGAGCUGGGAGCAAAGGGUUGCUGAAGAGUGCAGCCAUGGCUGGCCGCAGAGCUGCUUUGAAAGCAAUAGACUGGGCUGCAUUUGCUGAACGAGUGCCUCCGAAUCAAAAAUCCAUGUUCAAUGCCCUGAAAACACGUAGCGAUGCAAUCUCAGCCAAGUUUGCCUCUCUGCCCGAGUCUCCUCCAGCCAUUGACUGGGCUUUUUACAGGACUGCAAUUGCUAACACUGCCAUUGUGGACGAACUUGAGAAGAAGUAUAAAGUGUUCAAGGUUCCUGAGCCUGUGGAUAAUCAGAUGGCUAAGAUAGAAGUCCAAGAACAAGAGGCUAACAAGAGUGCUGCUGCCUAUGUAGAAGCCUCAAAAGCCCGUAUUGUUGAGUAUGAGAAGGAGCUCCAAAGGUAUAAAAACUUGAUUCCUUUUGAACAGAUGACACUCGAUGAUUACUACAAGGCAUUUCCUGAAGCUAAAUUGGACAAAGAAAAAUAUCCAUAUUGGCCAUACAAACCUAUUGCGGACUUGUAAGCCCUCCAUGCCUGGAAGCAUUUUGUGAUGAUGGUCAAAUCUAGAAUCUGUUGAAUAAAGUAAUUACAUGAGA